AUGCUGCUGCUUGUAUUUUUGAAUGUGUUAAAUUUAAUUGGAACUGGUAUGGGAUAUUCCGCUGAAGAUGUUGUUAACUUGAAGAAAACUUUAUUUCAAACGUACGAUAAAGAUGUCAGACCGUCACUGGAUUUUUCAAAGUCUUUAGCUGUAGAUUUUAAACUAGUUUUUCACGAAGUUGACGAAGUAAAUGAAAAAAGUCAAAGCAUAUCUGGUUCGGGAAAACUGAAAAUCAAAUGGAAUGACAAUUAUUUAACAUGGAAUGAAUCGCAUUUUCAUGACAUUAACCAGAUUCUUGUACCAGAAGAAGCGAUCUGGAAACCGGAUAUAAGAAUUCAUAACGGACGAGCUUCUAUAGGCAAUUCCGAGUCAAAGUCGAAACAGUUGAAAGUAGGGAAGAAUGGGGAUGUCACUUGGAUACACUUUCUGUGGUUUGAAACCCAGUGUGCUAUCGAUGUAAAAUAUUAUCCUUUUGAUAACCAGUCAUGUGAUAUUGAAUUCAUAUUCCUAAAUGGUGAUGGUAUUUGGAUUGACUCUGCAGUUGUUGAUACAGAUGUUACGGAAGUUAAAGAUGAUUGGAUAAUAGAAAAAACAAAGUCGAGAAUAAUAAAUAGAAACAAUAAACAGAGAGCUCAGUUUAAAUUAUACAUCAAACGCAAACCAUAUAGAGUCCUUCUAGAAUUUGUUCUCCCUGUAGUCAUGAUGGCCGUGCUUGAUCUGUUCACGUUUUGUAUUCCUUGUGAUAGCGGAGAGAAAAUAUCCUACACAACAACAAUGUACCUUGCAUUUUCAGUUUAUACCUUUAUUUUGUCGUCAUAUCUCCCAGAAUCAUCGGAUAAUUCUGUAAUAGCAAUAUUUCUGAAGGCGAUGAUGGUACUAGAAACAGCCAUUGUAGCAGUAACAGCCAUACAAUUAAGAAUAAAUCACCAUAGCAACAACGCAAGCCCUCCAUCUUGGGUGAAAGUAAUUUGUCGACUCACGAAUAAAAUAACUUGUUACAGUAAUAAGAAUAAAGUAACAGUUUUCAAAGAAAAACAUUCAGAAGAUAUGGAGGUCGACAAGAAGAUUUCUGGAGAAGAUGUUAAACGAACUUGUGACAACUUGGACAGGAUUUUGUUUUGGUUUUUCGCUGUUGCAAUGUUUUUGACCUCUCUCACCUGUCUACUUGUGGUAUCUUGA